CAACUGAACUUCGAAAAAAAAAAGUAUCAAAUAUUAUUUAUGAAAUGAUGACCAUUCGUUUGUUAAUUUAUAACACAAUAAGUCAUAAUUUACGAUUACGUUUUUCUGAUUGAUUUAAUUUACAGGCUAAUUAUUUAUCAUUAAUAUAAAAUAAUAAUAAUAAUAAUUUCUAUCUUCAUUAGCUUCUUAAUUCAUUAAAUUAAUUACAAAUGUCUUUUAGUUAUCAAAAUUAAAGAACAAAAUAUUAAUCAUGAAAAUUGGUCACUGGCAUCUUAUCAUUUUUUUUCCAAUUCAUUUUGGAGUAUUAGCAACAAAUUUAACUACCAUUAAAAAUGUAGAAGUAACAACAAAAAAGUUUAUCGAAAAUAUUAUGAAAUUACAACCUGGGAUUAGUUUAUCUCAACCUGAAAUAAUUAAUAACUCAUUAUUACUAAAUCAUUGGAGGAAACAUAUACAUCAUGGUAAAAGACAUCGUAAAUCAAUAGAAAAUUCAAGAAAACGUCAUGUAUCAUUAUUAUCAACUCAAAAAAAUAAUAAUUUAUCUAUCGUUUUACCAAUGAACUGGAAAAAAAAUAAAUUGAAUAUGUCGUCAUCUGUAACUAAAGAUCCCCAGCAAACCAUAGCCAAUCUUAUCCACCGACUUAUCAAUUUAAAUCACAUCUCAAGUUUCUUAUCAACACAUUCGCCCAUUAAUAACGAUUCUCAAAUAAUUAAUCCUCAGAAUAAUCAUCAUGAUGAAAAUAAUAUUACAGAUUCCAUCGUUAAUCACACAACUAAUUAUUCUGAUUUACCAGUAACAUCAAAUUUAUUUAAAAAUACCUACAAGUCAUGCAAUCCGACAAGUAAUUCAAGCAAUGGAUUGUGCAACGAAUAUCAUUUUUCAAAUUUUUCAAUCUUUAAAACCCCACUGUCAUUGACAGAUAAUUUAACAACUCCAAGUAGUCUUUUAGCUCGACUCUCAAAUUUAAAUGAACCUCUCAAUAAAUCUGAUUUAAAAUUAGACCAAAAAUUUACUAGUGAUCCGUUAAAAAUAUUUGAAAAAAAAUUGCCACUAGUUACUUCAGAAAUAAUCAAUGCAACUACUGUUAGAAGUAAGUUCAUUAUUAUUGAUGAACUUGGGUUUUUUGGAGAUCCUAUUGAAGAUACUCCAAUCGCCAAACGAAAAGAAAAUUACCACUCACGACCCUCAUCUAUUUUUGAUUAUAUUUUUGGUGAAAAUAAUGACAACACAGCGCCUGAAAUUGAAAAUCGACUGAAACAUGUUGAUUUAUGGAACAUGGAAAUAAAUAGAACUGAAAGAGUUGAACCUGAGUCAUUUACUAUGAAAUUUAAACUGAUUGGCGAUAAUAAUGAUCAUUAUUUACCAUCUUGGAGAUCUAACAAUAAUAUUUAUUCAUCUAAAAUCCCAGAGCCACAAUUUAAUUUACGAAUGAAUAAAAAAAAUUUUGAAGAAAAAAUUAAGAAUAAUUACAUUCCUUUACGGAGUAUUAAACAGCCAAAAUCUAAAAUAUUGAAUGAAGCAGAUUUUCAGUCUGCAUUUCUGUCAACAUUCUACAGUAUAUUUAAAAAAUAAAUUACUUAUAAUUUAAAAUAUUAAUUCUUAUAAAAUUAAUUGACUAU